CGAACUGCCGGAACAACGAGAGGUUCUUCUGAAAUUCGCGGGCGCGAUCGGACAUUAUCGCCUAUCAAUUUUCUUGCCGUAGAAUCUCGAUCUUCCCUCACGCGCCACCAAAGCGUUGUCUCUCCGGGAACACUUCGCCGCCUUAGCCAACCUACAAUCUGGUCCAGAUAAACCAAAGAGUGGCCCUUGGUGACAUCAGCCUUUUGGGUUUUCUCCAACUAUGGUUAGCGGUGGGGUUCUGAGUAAUCAUAUUUCCUGGAAGUUGACACCACUGGUCCAUUCAACUCCACGUAAGUAUUCUACUCGUUUAAUUUUUGUGUUCUCAUCAUACAACAGAAAGAAGAAAGAAGAAAGAGAAAGAGAGAGAGACAUCUUCGGCUUGCGAAAGAAUAUCAUUACCGAACAUUAUAUGGAUGACGACAAAGGUUUUUGAAUUCCUGAGUACCGUGUUUAUCAUCCUUACGCUAACCGGGAAAAACCCAAAAAACUAAGAUAGAACAACCGUCUAGGGAUGGACGGACGGUUCAAAGAGCCAUUGGAGGGAGUUAAAACGUUACAUCAGAAAGAUAUGUGAUGUGUGGCAAAAGAGGGAGAGUAACGCUGGGAUUUGUAGGUGUGGGAAACUCGUGUGUACUUGCCAUUUUUCCCAGACCUACCCCCAACGAAAGCUUUACUAACUGUCCUAUUCUUCAAACGGCCAGCACCAAUUUGUGAGUCUGGUAAAAUAUAAACACACGACAUUCACAUUUUCAUCACCAUGGGUUUUUGCUACAUUUUUUUUUAAAGUUCAAAUUUUUUUGAAGUUUUAUCCAACAUUGGGUAAGACUAAUAAGACAUGAUCAUUGUU